AUGGCGCGGUUCUCACUCGAAGCCAUCGUCGCCAUCGUCGGCGUCAUAGUCACCCUCCCGCCCUCGGUGAUCCUCUUGUGGAGGCUGAUCGGGAUCGGGAGGAGUGAGACUCCCCCGAGGGAUGUCGAGGCUUUGGGAAUCAUCAACGUCAGGCUCAACGUCAGGCUCAACGUCAAGAUCACCAUCCACAUCAGCAUCCACAUCAAGGUCCGGAUCAAGCUCAACGUCAAGAUCAACAUCAUCCUCCCCAACAACAACAAGUCUCAAAGUGAUGGCCACUGA